UUUACAAUUAUAUUUUUCUUAAGCCAGAUAAUAAUUAAAAAUAAUACUAUUCCUCAAAUGCGUAUUUAGUUACUUGUUAUUGCUCUAGGAUACGGAAAGGACGAUAAAUACUGUGCAAGUGAUAGCUCCACCAUCAUAAGAAAAUUCAUUUUUAUACAUUUAUAAACUCACAGAACUAAGUAGAAAGUAUUAGAUUAUCGAAAAAAUGCAUCCUACAAAAACGAAUGCGAUUCCAGGGCUUCCGAAAAAACAACUUUCUAGGAUGUCUGAUGCUAGUCAAUCGCGAAGUCGAAUUUCACGAAGUGAUUUAACAGGAGGUGAUAAUGAAUGGAUGAGAGCUAGAUUUUUGAAGCCAGAUGAUCAACUACAAUUGACGGAAGCCGAACUGCAAGAAGAAUUUGCAAGAGUGCUACAUGUUCAAAACACGCGAAUUCCAGAUUCUUUAGUAGAAUGGUCCUGGAAGCAUAGGGAAUUCAUUAAAAUUCCAAAUCCGCCGAAUAUUGUAAAUAUUCUUAAUGUUCCUGGUACACUAUUACACAAAGAAUCUGAAGAAGCAAAAGUGCAAAUGGCGGGUGGAGUUAUUGUUGACACCCACGAAGAACGCGAAAAGUCAAUUUCUGAAGAAGUUAACGAAGACAUUGAGGGAGAGGAUGAAGAGGACGAGUAUAUAGAUGUUGAGGAACUAGAGGAUGAAUCUGAAGAACAAGGGAAGGAAUUUCAGCCUGAGGCAGAACCGGAACCGGAUGAAGAAGAAAUUGAAAAAGCGAAGCCCAAAAAAGUUCCGAACCAAUUUAAUUUCUGCGAAAGAGCUGCUUUGACUUACAAUAAUCCCGUGCGAGAUAUGAGUACACAAACAGUUCCCCCACCAACUGCUACUUACACUGGUGAAGUUUACCAAUGGACAAUUUUCGACGAUUAUCAGGAAGACUAUGCUCGACAACAGAGAGAAAAGGAAAAAGAAAGAAAAGUUCCUUUACCGCAGCCAAAAAAGGAAGAAACGAAAAAAAAGACACAUUCGGAAACUAUGGCUGCAACAAACAGAAUGUUAGAAUCUGCUAAGACCUUGGAAAGAAUGGUGAAUCAGAAUAUAUAUGACGAGAUAUCGCAAGAUUAUAGGUAUUGGGAUGAUCCAAGCGAUGAAUUCAAAGACGGAGAAGGAUCAUUAUUACCUUUAUGGAAGUUUAGUUAUGAAAAAACGAAAAAACAUGACGUUACAGAUUUAUGUUUUAACAGCAGAUAUUAUGACCUGUUUGCGGUAUCGUUUGGAGCAAUGUCCUUCGAUAGUCCAAUAUCAACAGGGUCGGUUUGCCUAUUCAGUUUGAAAAAUCCAUCCUACCCUGACUGGAUUUGCCCAACAGAGUCACCCGUGAUGUGUUUGGAUUUCAGUACCCAGCAUCCACACCUUUUGGUCAUAGGCACUAUGGAUGGAGCAGUUGCUGUCUAUAACGUUAUGUUGCCGCCUACUGCACCACAGUAUAAAAGCAAUGAUGUCAGUCAAAAACACGGUGGAAUAGUUUGGCAGAUUUGUUGGGCACCAGAUACAGAAGAAGGAAAUUUGGCCUUUUAUAGUGUUAGUAUUGACGGAAAAAUUAACUAUUGGGUACUAUUACAAAAUGAUCUUGGUGUCACAACUAUCAUGACAUUAAAUACUGACAAACCAGCAAUACCAGGACCAGAUGGCACAAUGGUUACUCUAAAAAAUUGUGGAACCUGCCUAGCGUUUCAUCCACAGGAUCAAAAAAUUUUUUUAGUAGGAACCGAAGAGGGAGCAAUUUAUAAAUGUAACACAGCCUAUAAUAGUAUAUAUAUGAGAUCUUAUGAGGAAGCUCACAACAUGCCAGUCUACAAAAUUGUUUUUAACAAGUUCAACUCGAAUAUCUUCGCCAGUUGUUCUGGAGAUUGGAGAAUAAAAAUAUGGGAAGAUAACAGACCGGAACCACUUUUUAUGUUUGAUCUCGGAAUACCAAUUGGUGACGUUCAGUGGGCACCUUAUAGUUCUACAGUUGUAGCGUGUGUAUUAAACGACGGAAAAGUUACAGUAUUCGAUUUGAACGUCAAUAAAUAUAGGCCCAUUUGUUCACAAUCGAUCGUCAGCAAGAAAAAAAAUAAACUGACAAGACUAGCAUUUAAUAAUGUCCUGCCUUUCAUCAUAGUUGGCGAUGAUAAGGGCACUGUACAUACUUUGAAAUUGUCUCCAAAUCUAAGAGUAAAAGUAAAACCAACGAAAAAGCAAUUAAACUUAUCGCAUACAGAAUUAGAGAUUAUGAAAUUGGACAGAUUGCUAAGUUUUGUACGAGAACCUCCAACCUUGACUCCGCCCAAAGACAUCAGAAUUGCUAAACAAUAAUUGCUUUAAAAAAUAAUUAGGGGUAACUUUCUUACAGUAGAUAACGCGCAGCCUAGAGUGGAUAAUCAUUAAUUAAGAUCAUAAAUAAAAGAAAAAUAAUUAAUUUUUAAUUUAAUUUAUGAACA